UAUUAAGGAAAACGACGUCGCAGCAAUACUAGCGAAUUAGUUCUUUAACAUUGUCGUCAAAUUCUGAAGCCCACCUCCGUCCCCGCACUUUGGAACACCUCCGAGUUCUGGUUCAUAUUGGAGCUAAAACCCAGGGUUCAAAAGAUGGGAAAAGCUUCAAGAGAUAAAAGGGAUAUCUACUAUCGAAAAGCAAAAGAAGAAGGCUGGCGUGCUCGAAGUGCCUUCAAGCUCCUUCAGAUUGAUGAGGAAUUCAACAUAUUUGAAGGGGUGAAGCGUGUGGUCGAUCUAUGUGCAGCACCUGGUAGCUGGAGUCAGGUUUUGAGUCGUAAGUUGUAUCUACCGGCAAAGCUGUCACCUGAUUCAAAGGAUGGUGAUCUUCCUCUAAUUGUGGCAAUUGAUUUGCAGCCCAUGGCUCCAAUUGAAGGUGUUAUUCAAGUGCAGGGUGACAUAACAAAUGCUCGGACAGCUGAAGUGGUCAUUAGACACUUCGAUGGAUGCAAGGCUGACCUGGUUGUAUGUGAUGGUGCUCCUGAUGUUACUGGACUUCAUGACAUGGAUGAAUUUGUUCAGUCCCAACUCAUAUUGGCAGGUUUAACCAUAGUUAGUCACAUACUUAAAAAAGGUGGGAAAUUUAUUGCGAAGAUAUUCCGGGGAAAAGAUACAAGUCUUCUUUACUGUCAGCUAAAACUAUUUUUCACAGAAGUGACAUUUGCAAAACCGAAAAGCAGCCGUAAUUCAAGCAUAGAGGCAUUUGCAGUUUGUGAGAAUUAUUCCCCUCCUGAAGGAUUUAAUGAGAAAGAUUUGCGUCGCCUCCUAGAAAAGGUUGGGAGUCCAUCUGGUGGAGAUGAUCUAGAUUGCAGUAGUGGAUGGUUGGAAGGGCCAAACAAGGUGUAUAUCCCAUUUUUGGCUUGUGGAGAUCUGAGUGGAUAUGAUUCAGAUCGUUCCUAUCCACUUCCUAAAGUUGCAGAGGGGACAUACCAGAGCUUGGAUCCUGUACAGCCCCCUAUUGCUCCCCCUUAUAAAACAGCCCUUGAACUGAAAAAAGCUUCUACUCAAGGAACUCGAGAACUUGAGAGGUUAUCGCUUGAUUCUUGAUCAUACUAUUUAAUACUACUUUUCCCAUGGACAUGCAUUUUCCAAUUCAAAAAUAUUUAGAAUAGAGAGAUUUUAUAUAAUUAAAAUAUCGGUUGAUCUUGUUAGCUCGGCAAUGGCCUUUUUAUGAUUAUUUUGGGAAGUUUUUUUUUUUUUCUUUCCCUCUCCUCUCUCCUGACAAAGAGAUUACUUCUGGACGAUUGUGCUUCCUGUUGUAAUUCAAUUUUUUUGCUUUAAUUUUUGAAAAGGACAUGACCCCCCA